GUUGCGUAAAAAGGAUACCCCGCUCGUUUGGAAGGAUACUCCGCUGAAUGCGUUAGAUGUGAUAACAGUAGUGUUCCGUUCUAUGUGUGUAGUGCUGCGUUGAUUGGCUGCUCUGUGUCAAUUGAGCUGUGUUCGGACGACGGAGGUGAUAGUGCGUGAAAUAGUACGAAAGUGGAUCACUACUCCUGAUGGAAUAGUGGCAAUUUCAGGAACGUCACACACGGAACAUGAUGUGAUGUGCUGAGUUUUUUUAUUCGUAGAUAUUUUCUGCUCGGUGCGCUUUCGCUAUUGAUUUUUCCUCGAACGAAGAGUUCGCCGUACUGCUGCUGCUGCUACUGAUGCUCGUCGCUUGGAGUGUGAAUUAAAUAUUUAUGAAUGAAUGAAGUAACGUUAUCUAACUAUACGGUGGACGGUUAGAAAAAGGAUCGUGUUUUUGCAACCGUGAAUCGUUUCGUGAAAACGUGCAAGUGAGUGUUCCGUGACACACCGCUAGCGCAAACAGGGAAUACCACUGGCUAAAGGUGCAGAAAGGAAUUGAGCCGUAAUCAACUCGUGGAUUGGAUUGUGCACAUGUGCGUCGUGUUUUCUGUCCCUCCGCUAAUCACUUAUUUAUGGCUUAGCCGCAUUCAGCCGGAAGGAUUCGCGUGGGAGUAGAGCGUAUGUCAGAUUUAUUUUUUUUUGUCGCGAUUGUGCCCGGUUAUCAUCGUUUACCUACAACAUACUAGUUUGUCAUUCGAUCAUUCAUUGAUUGGAGUGUAAAAAAAAAAACAACUUUAUAAAAAGUGACUACGGAGCAAAAAAAUUGUCCCCUCUACACGAGCAAUUUUGUACAUUUUCCCGGCUAAGAGAGUUCGUCGAGAGUGUUGAGUUUGUAGCAUCGAUUAUUUACUUAUUCAUUGGUCGCAGUCUGAGCGGCAACGGAUGCACAAAUUUAUUGGAAUAAUUGCGGCAAGUUGACGUGUAUUGUUGCCCAAAGUGCGGAAAAUAAAGUACAGAAAAACGUGACACGAAGUCCUGCUCGGUCGCGAAUGUGGUGAAAGUGCAAAUUACCGGCAGUGUAGUAUUUUAUGAAUCAUUGCGAACCAACACGAUACAGGAAAAAUUAACAAAUUUGGGUUAUAAUUGAAAAUUUAUUGUGCAUCGCAUCGACCGGAAAAUCGCAAACCCUCUUCCGUGCGGGAAAUUCACAUUCUCCGCUUUGCGGUUUAUAACUGUGUGCUCGGUGCUGCCUGCUGGGAGUGAAAAUUCUGUAUGCCUGUGUGUUUCUCCUGUUGGAUUCAGUCGAUAAAUAACGGCCAGCUAAACGAGUAGAAAUUGUUUUUGCCAGGCAGGAGGGAAAGAAUAAUCGUUUCACUUCUUCUAAGGAGUACAUAUAGACGUUCUAUAUAUAAUCUGGCAAACAAAUGUUCAAUAAAUUAAAUAAAAUGGUGAAUUUAUUACCGAGGCUGGUGAUUAUCCUAGGAUUAAUAACGUUAUCGGUUACGAGUGCCCUUGGUGGACCGGUCAGUAGUAAUAACGACAACAGCAACAACAGCAAUGUAAACCGGGCAACCAACGUGAACCUCCCACGGUUCGAGGAUAAAUCUACGGACCCUUUCGAUGGGGAAUCGAUUGUGCCGGUCCUGUCGCUCGAGGAUCAGGUUCGGUUGCUAACCAAGCAACUGAAUACGCUCACCAAUCAACGACGUGAGGAUUACAAAAUGCUCGAGAACAGCUUGAAAAAGUACGUUCGGAAAAAUUCGGUGCAGCUCACCAACGCCGAGAUACGAGAGGAACUGGACCUGAUGAGAGAGGACAUUAAAGUGCUGCGGGAGAGCAAUUCACCGAACAAGGAACGCCUGACGGUGCAGUGGCUGUCGCAGUCGAUAGCGGAAAUUCGCUCCGAACUGGCCGAGCUGCAGGAAUCGUCCAGCAACGUGUCCAAGGACGCCCAGCUGCGCAACCAACUGAUGGAGGACAUCAAUACGCUGCGGGCGGAUUUUUCCACCAUGAAGCUGGAGUUGGAAUCGCUGCGUUCGCGUCAGGAGAAAACCGAGGUGUUGGUGCGGGAACUGCGCGAGGAAGCCGUCCAGAGUGCAGAGGACAUCCGGCGAAGCUUGAGCCGGCAACGUGAGAAGAACUCGAAAUCACAUCUACCGCACACCAUCGAUUUUGUCGAACCGGAAGCGGACCAUAGGAUGCGCCAUCAUCGCUUCUUCCGCCAGCAGCUGCACGAACUGGAGGUCAAGCAGACGGCUAUGAAGCGGCAGCUGAACGACAUCUUCAACCAUCGAAUGGCCGACCGAUUGCGGAGCCUUGAAAUCGAACAGCGUCGAUUGGCUAAUGCCAAUUUCAACAUUAGCCGGCAGGUAGCCAGUUUAGAUAAGCUGCACGGAUCGAUGCUGGAGCUGCUGGAGGAUGUCGAGGGGAUUCAGAACAAGUUUGAAAAAACGUUACCGGAUAUUAAGCGGGAGAUUUCGAAGGUUGAGUUCAACGCGGCACAGAUUUCCUCCGAGCAAGGUCUACUUCGGGAGGAAGGACACAAUAUUGCCAAGAGCAUCCAGGCGAUGGCCGUCAGUGUGAGCACACUUCAGGAGGAACGGGAAAACGUUCGAAAAUUCGAAGAGCAGAUACAGGUGAUGAAGAGCGAUUUGGAUAAGAUUAAGUCAGCGGCAAUGCUGCACAAGGAGAUGGCCCAUAACCGGCUGGAGAAGCUGGAAGCCGAAUCUCGAACCGAUUUCAACGCGUCAUCCAAGCUAACCGAGCUGCAACGUACCUCCCGAUUGGUGCAACAGUUGGAGAACGUCGAGAACGAGUACGAAGCCAUCAUCAACAAGCUGCCACGUGACUGCACCCAGAUCCAGCAGAUGAAAACCCUGGGGGAAACCGGUCAGGGUGGCGAGGGAAAUCUUUAUCUGAUUGCCCCAGCCGGUCAACAUCACCCACUGAUGACACAAUGCUUCAACGAGUGGACAACCAUCCAGCGACGCCAGGAUGGGUCGGUCGACUUCAAUCGUUCCUGGGAGGAUUAUGCUAAUGGUUUCGGCACUCCGGCCGGAGAGUUUUGGAUCGGCAACGAGGCGCUGCACCAUCUUACGAACGAUAACUGCUCGAUGCUUCGGAUCGUGAUGCAGGAUAUCUACGAUAAUACUUGGUUUGCGGAUUACGACGCAUUCAGUAUUGGCUCAAGGGAGGAUGGCUUCCGUUUGGGACUGACCGGAUACAAUGGAAAUGCUUCGGAUGCUUUCGAGUAUCAAAAUCACAUGCAAUUCUCAGCCAUUGACGUCGAUCGGGAUAUAUCCAACACGCAUUGUGCAGGCAAUUACGAGGGUGGUUGGUGGUUCUCUCACUGUCAGCAUGCUAACCUUAAUGGGCGUUACAAUCUAGGUCUGACGUGGUUCGAUGCAUCCAGGAACGAGUGGAUAGCGGUCAAGUCAAGCCAUAUGAUGAUCGCUCGAAGGCUGGAGUGUAGUAUUAGUGGUGCUAGUGGUACCGGUCGAGGUGGGUCCAGUGGAGAGAGCCCGAUUAUGGCAGAACCAUUUUCCUCCGCUGCUACGGCGACGAUAUCCAAGUAUGAAACUACCCUGUUGACCACAUUAACAUCCGGCUCCGCCGGCUCGGGAGUCUAGGAGACUGUAGGAGGAAGGCACAAUAAUGUAAAAUAGCCCCGUAGCACGUGCUCUGAUUCUCUUCGGUUUGUACAUUUUCUUACUAGAAGAGCGGACGGUGGGAGAGUUUUUCCGUUGUAAAAUGUGUGUGUUUGAGCGAUUGUGCUUGUACAGGAGAGUAGGGAUAGCAUCAUAUCAGUUGUAGAGAUGUAGUAGCGGCAACCCGUUUGAGGCUAGCUUAAAAACCACAGAUCAACAAUUACCGUUCUCAAACCUAAUUGAUUCCGGUUCUCUUCUGUCGCCCACGGAAACCUCAGCGCAUGUAAAAAUCAAAACAUAAAUUUCCCCUCUCUAGAUGAUAAAAGUACGGUGCUCUAUUCAGAAACCUUAGACCUCUGCAGUCGUACCACAAGGUCCAAUGCUCUCAUCCGGAGGCUUGUUAUUUCCGGUUGAUGCGAAACGGCGAAACUGAAGAGGAGCGUAAAUAUUUUAAACUGCCAUCAGAAAGGUUAGGUAAUCUUUUCCUUCCAACCACCACCGAUCCACCCAUCCACCCAUCCAUCCAUCCAUCUAUCCAUCUACAUUCGCUUGUGAGCUCGUUAGCCUAUCGGCGUGGUAGUGUCCUACCACCACCGUUGCCGACUGACUGCCAAAGCACUGGAAUUUAUUUUGCUUGAUUACCUUUUUAUGGGCUUUUUAUCCUUGUUGUUCUGAAAUUUUGCGGCGGAACGCUUUUUGAGUUGACGAACGCGUCGCGCGCACACUACACUGCACUGUGGCUGCUACACCACCGGUAAGCUCUCUCAGUUGGUUGUUGUUGCUGGUAAGGUUAGGAUCAUCAGUCUGAGUAUCUGAGCUGAGCCGGACGACGCCGGUGUGUGCUGAUGAAGUUGUAAUUUUGUAGGCUUAAUGCGGAGAAACAAUAGCAUGGUGUGCGCAUAUGUUUAUCGAUUGCCGUGUUUCUACCGGCUCAGAUGACGGCGUCAGACCCGGCAAACGAGGACGACUAGCGGUGAUUAGCAUUUUUAUUCUUGUUCAGAAAUUAAAAUCUAUUUUUACUGCGCCACAGCUUUUCGUGCCUAAUGGUGGCAGUUUGCUGUUUUUCCUCUGGAUCCAACGGAUGAAUAAUGUAUGUCGGAAUUAUUAGAAUACUGAUGGGCUUGGUUUGAAUAUUUUAUGAUAACGAGUGUCAUCAGCGUGUGAUGUAACGUAAACUUUGUCGGAGGGCGGGAGUGUCCAGAAGAUAUGGUAAGUUUACUGCAUUCAAUAAUAAUUGCAGCGGGUAUAACUUCAUGUUUGCAAAGAUCAUGUAGAGUUUAUUUUAUUUAUUACAGGUAUAUCUGUUAUCAUUUUUAACUUCCAUUGCCGAUUUCUCACAAACGAUCAUUCAAACCAGCAAAGUAAUAACAACAGCGGACAGAUGAGACAGAUGAUACAAAUAGUACUUGGCUGUAGAGCAUUUCUACUGAAUCUGCAUGAAUUAGAUACAUUAAAUUGCCCAUCAAUUGAGAAAACAUGAGCGAUCAAUUAACCUAGCAAAUUUCCCGGUAGGCAUGAAAUCGUGACAUUCUCAGCAGUCUACCUCUACACAGCCAAUGAGAUCAACCCAAAAUUGAGUUCAGUUUACUUAUAAAUAGCAAAAAGUACAGGAACUUAGCGAUGAGUAAAUUUUCUUCAUGUUUUCCUGUGGAAAUUUCUACUCAGUCUAAGAGUAGUACCAAGCCCAAUAAGCCUUUUUAGGUUAUGAACCAUUUGCCGAGUUACAUUUAUCUCGUGAUUGAAACUGACAUUUCGAAAGUUAUUUCUUAUGUUCAAAAAUCCUCGUGCUGUCGAUCGACCGAUUUUCGAGCCACGGUUGUCAAAAUUUAACUUCUUGUCUGUCAGAAAUAACCACCCUGGUAGCACGCUUGUCACAAAUCGGUUGUGGCAACCAAGGUUGCAAAUACUCAUUUCAGAUAAAACAAUGUUUUUUUUUUUAAAUUAUGAAAUAAUUAGAUGCCAUGAU